UUCAGUCUCUCUAAACUCGAAUCUUACUGAAAUGAAGGAUGAUGAUGUGAUUCAGUGGAGGUUUGGAAACACUGUAAUAGCUGACGUCAAUAAACGGGCCGACAGAAACACUGUACAUGAUGAUGUUCUUGAUGGGAGAUUCAGAGACCGACUGAAGCUGGACAAUCAAACUGGAUCUCUGACCAUCACAAACACCACAACUGAACAUGAUGGAGAUUAUCAACUACAGAUCAACCGUGAGAUCGAGAGAUUCAGUCUCUUUGUCAUUGUCCUGGUGUCGGUGAUGGAGGGAGAUUCAGCAACUCUAAACUCGAAUCUUACUGAAAUGAAGGCUGAUGAUGUGAUUCAAUGGAAGUUUGGAAAUAAAAAAACUUUGAUAGCUGAAAUUAAUAAACGGGCCAACAGCAUCACUCUAUAUGAUGUUCUUGAUGGGAGAUUCAGAGACAGACUGAAGCUGGACACACAAACUGGAUCUCUGACCAUCACACACACCACAACUGAACAGACUGGACGUUUUCACCAACAGAUCAACAGUGUGAUCAAGAGUUUCUGUCUCGCUGUCAUUGUCGACGUGGAGUCAGUGUCAGUGAUGGCGGGAGAUUCAGUCUCUCUAAAGUCGAAUCUUACUGAAAUGAAGGGUUAUGAUGUGAUUCAGUGGAGGUUUGGAUUGGGAAACACUGUAAUAGCUGACGUCAAUAAAUGGUUUGACAGAGUCACUCUAUAUGAUGUUCUUGAUGGGAGAUUCAGAGACCGACUGAAGCUGGACAAUCAAACUGGAUCUCUGACCAUCACAAACACCACAACUGAACAUGAUGGAGAUUAUCAACUACUGAUGUAUGCAGAAGGGAGAAUUGUCACAUCGAAAAUAUUCAGAGUUUCUGUCUAUGGUGGGUAG